GCCCUGCGCGCACCCGUUCAUUGGUGGAUCGCAGGAAAGCGGUGCGGUAAAUGGAUGAUGGCGACGCGAUUGGGCGAGGAAAGUAAGAUUUUAUUGUAGCCUACAUUUAGUGGAAAAAGAUACCAGACAACAACAAUAUCGACGAAAGAGAGGUAGCUGUACAAGCACCCACUACAACAGACUUACCUGUAAAAGGAAUACUUCGGAUGUCACCAUGGAAAAUAUUUUCACUAUAUCAGACACCGAAUCUGAAUCCUCAGAUGUAGAAGAAACCAAAAAGGAAUGGAUUGCCGGACAGGGGAAGACUGGAAGCCGAUUAGGCCUCUCCCUUAACCUACCAGGCGAGGGCCGGAUAAGGUUAAACUCUGAAUCUCAGGUCUUCGCUACAUCCGGUGGGGAGAGGAGCGGGGAGCUCCAGGGUUUGGGGCAAGGGUUGAACUGCGUGGCCACAGAAGGACUACCUUUUAGGGUCCGCUCCCAGUCAGCCCCCCCGGCCCUCUGGGCUGCCAAGAGAUAUGGACGGCAGCUGCGACGCAUGAGUGACGAGUUCGAUACGUGGCUGGAUAAAGGGCAAAUGAAGCGGGUGAAGAGUGCAGGAGCAGCCAAACAGAUGACAACAUCCCCGAGCUGGUGGGCCUUCCUGUUCAGCCACAAGGAAACUGAGACAGAAAAGACCCCCAACCUUAUCAUUACUGAACCAAGAUCUUCUGAGUAGACAUCGAAGGAUGGAGGGCAAAAGGAUGACCUGGUGGGCCUAGAGACUGAGACACACUGAACCAGGGUAGAGAGUGGGUAGGUAGGAACAGUUAGGAGAGACCUGGAACUAGGAAGGAGUGAAUGAUAUUAGAGGUAACUAAUCUUGGACCUUACCCAAAUGAGAACACUGCAACCACUAGAUUUUUACCCUAAGGAAAGGCUUCACUCAAGACCCAAACAGGUCUUUAAGUUAAUCAUUUGGACCAUUUCUCGUAUUAAUUCUAUGCAACACACUUGGUGAGAGGCCAGACACAACAUGCACUGAGUGACAGAACAAAACAAAAUCUACAUCUGGUUCCUCUCCCACCUAGUGAGAAAUAUUGGCAAAUCGUGUCAACCUCAGUUUCUUUCAGCGAUUCCAUGCAUCUCAUAUGUUCAUCUAAACAUAUUGGGCCCUCCCACCCUCAAAUCUACUCCAAUGCAAUUCAGACAAAGGUGAGGAGACAUAGGGUUCUAAACUCAAGUAAAGACGAGUCUUACCCAUAUGUGUCCCAAAUGACAGCUUAUUCCUCUCUUAAGGCCACUACUUUUGUUGAACUGUGUGAAAUAAUGAGGGUAUAGGAUGCCAUUUGGAAAGCACACUCAGUGUAUUAGAUACCAACCACAACAGCCAUCAUAGGUAUAAUGGCUGCAACCCAGAACAAUUACCUAUUUCAAAAUAAAUGUAGAGGAAUUAAUCUUGCUUAAAUGACAAUCUUUGAUAGCAGUGUUAAUAAUUAUAUAUUUUAUAUAAAACAAAAUCCGCAGGGGAAGAUUUUAUUUGACAGUAGAUGUAAAGAAUAAACAAAGAUGUAGACGUAAAGGAUUUAAGCCGUGGGUAUUUUAAUCUGUAAAUAUUGUGAAUAUUUUAAUGAAGGAAAAUAACGUGUAUACUGCUGAAGAACAAAAUGUGACUUAUUAAUGAUACUAGAGAUGCUACAAUACAUCCCAAAUGGCACCCUAAAUUGAAUAGUGCCCCCCAAAACACCUGUCAGUGGUUCCCAACCUAUUUUGAUUGCACUCAAAGAAAUAAAGAAUAGAAAAUACACUACCAUUCAAAAGUUUGGGGUCACUUAGAAAGAAAAACAAAUAGGUUGUCAAUUAAAAAACAAUAGAU